AUGCCGAAGCUGCGCAAGACUCGCGGUGCUGUCGACACCGGCGCGGCUGCCGAUUCAUCCUACAUGUCGGAUCCCGAGAAUAACGCCAAGCUCCUCGGCAUCCAUGAAGGGGCCCCCGCCUCCUAUUGGCAAGAAGCCACCACCACUGCCUGCAUCUCGAAAGCCCUCUACAGCUCCAUCGAACAAUCCACCUCCUCUGCCUGGUGCUCCAGUUCCUGGAGUCCCUCCCCCGCCUCCUCCAUCAGCUGCUCCAGCCCCUCCCCCAUCGGCACCUCCCUCGGCGCCGCCACCACCCCCCGCCGCUGCUGCACCCAGAGCCCCAGCGCCUUCACCCCCUUCUCGAUCUCCAGCACCUCCACCUCCUCCACCCGCAUCAAACGGGCCUUCGCCUCUGGCAAUGCAAGCUGCCCUACGAGCAGCUGGACAGGCAUCACCCAGUGCCGCACCCCCGCCACCUCCAUCCACGGCGCCUUCGCCUCCCGCGGCCGCACCUCCCCCGCCGGCCGCCCCUUCGCGGGCCCGGUCCGGGUCUGGACUUCGCUCAUCUAUGCUCGACCCUAG